AUCAAAUAGUUACGGAGGUAUACAACUUGAAGCUCGUUGGGUUCUUAAUGGGCUUCAGUUAGAAGUUCGAACUACGAUAUGUAGAGGCCAUUUAGCCCCAAGAAAUUGUGUAAAUGGAUCGGGUAAAGAAUAUGGACCUGAAUUGUACCAGUCUACCAGCCCCGUCAAGUAGUGUAAACCUCACCGCUGACGCCAAGCCUUGUCUUCUUCCUCUUUCAACAUUUCUCCGUCUGUGUUUAUAAAGCAAAAAUCUCCGUUUUUCUCUCGUUUUGUGCAGCUUUUGAGAACUUGUCCUAGAAAGAAUGCCGGGCUUAACCUGCAAUGCUUGUAACAGGGAAUUCAACGACGAUGCCGAGCAAAAGCUGCAUUACAAGUCCGAUUGGCGCCGCUACAAUCUCAAGCGAAAGGUGGAGUUACUGGAGUCACUGAAGCUCUGUUUCUUGCUAGGCAAUCUGCACUUACUCGAGAAAAAUAAGCAGAAUGAAACUUCUAUGCUUGAUAGUUGUGGAAAGGAGUAUUGGAGUUUCCAGGCUUAUGAUCAGCAUCUCAAAUCACGGAGCCAUCAUAUCAUGAGGGGUUCUCAAGGAACUAAUCAGUCUAAAGAGGAGAAGGUAAUUAUUAAGCCCCUUCCUGGUCGUGUUGUAAAUAAGCCUACAGCAAGCAGGGAGGCAAACGGUGACGAAAGUGAAGAUGAGUGGGAGGAGGUUGAUCCUGAAGAAGAAUUGGUUGAGGUGGCUUCCAAGUCCUUGACUGCGUUGAAUGUAGAUGAGUCUGCCUCUAGCAAUAAUAUGAAUACUAAUGGUGAGAGGAAGACAGUGAAGAUGAGGAGGAGGAAUUGGAUCCAUCAUGUUGUUUUAUGUGUGAUCUAGAGCAUGAUGGCAUAGAAAACUGCAUGAUUCACAUGCAUAAGCAACAUGGAUUAAUUCUUUAUUCCCGAUGUGGAGUAUUUCAAAGGUCCAGAAGGCUUGGUAACUCAUUUGGGCCUUAAGGUACGAAUUAUAUGUUGUGGAUGUUUAUUUGAUGAAGAGUAAUGAUACGGGGACGAUUUUGGGGGAUGACAAGUGAAGCAGUCUCAACUGCAAUUACUAAUUUACCCUUGCUUCACUUGUCGUCCCCCAAAAUUGUCCCGCAAAUUCGUCCGCGUAUCAUUAUUCUUUGAUGAAUCCUUUUUAUACUUUUCAAUGGCAUUUGUUGUUUCAUUUUCUGAUGUGUGCUUUCUUUUUCUUAGGUCAAGAGGGAUUUCAUGUUUCUGUAUUGCAAUGAUAUUUGUCAUUCCUUCAGCAGUUCGGAAGCUGUUAGGAAACACAUGGCAGCAAAGGGGCAUUAUAAAGUUUUAAAUAAGGA